UAACAUAUCUGUCAUUAUUCAAGAGACUCUUUAAAACAAUGUGUGUACAUGUUGUGUAGUUGGUGUGUGUGAAGCAGCAGCAGGUUGUCGGGUCCGACCCAUUCAAACAGGAACAUGUGUGGACGUCCAGGCAAGGGGCGGAGCCUGUAGAUCAGCAGGGGCUGCGUCUAAACUCUGCUGUGGAAAGAUCAGUGUUGUUGUUUACAGCUCAUCCACACCAGCGUCGGCCCUCAUCACCAGAAGAUCUGGAAUCUGUUUCCAAGUUGACUUUCCAUUCCAGGAACACCGUCUGUACUGAGGCUGUGGUGCGGCUCCACUUCUACAGUGUGUUCAUUCAGUGGAGAUCUAACAGGGUUACACACACACCUGAACAACAGCAGCCACACAACAGACGUCAGUUCCUACAACCUGUGGCUCGGCCUCACGCUGGCUCUGAUGUCCGCCCUCCUCAUCGGCGCCAGCGUCAUCCUCAAGAAGAAAGCUCUCCUCCGAUUGGCCGACACCGGCCACACCAGAGCAGGUGAUGGAGGUCAUGGCUACCUGAAGGACUGGCUCUGGUGGGGGGGCCUCCUUACCAUGGGAGCGGGGGAGGCCUGUAACUUCGUGGCCUACAUGUUCGCUCCGGCGACGCUGGUGACGCCACUGGGAGCGUUGAGUGUCCUCAUCAGUGCAGUUCUGUCCUCCUACCUGUUGGGGGAGGUGUUGAACGUACUGGGGAAGCUCGGUUGUCUGCUGUGUGUGUUGGGAAGCAUCCUGCUGGUCAUCCACGCCCCAGAGGAACAGGAAGUGACAUCACUACAGGACAUGACGGACAAGCUGCUCGACCCUGGUUUCCUGGUGUUCAUCUCAGCUGUGUUGCUGUUGUGUGCCGUGCUCGUCCUGUACGUCUCUCCUCGGUUCGGUCGAUCCAACAUCCUCGUGUACAUCAGCGUCUGCUCGCUGCUCGGAGCCUUCACGGUCUCGUCGGUGAAGGGCCUCGCCAUCGCCAUCAACACCAUGUUUGAUGACGUUUCCGUUCUCACGAGUCCUCUCACCUGGAUCCUGCUGCUCACGCUCAUCGGCUCCGUAGUAACACAGGUGAACUACCUGAACAAGUCUCUGGACACGUUCAACACGCUGCUGGUUUACCCCGUCUACUACGUCCUCUUCACCUCCGUCGUCCUGUCCACCUCCGUCAUCCUCUUCCAGGAGUGGACGAGCAUGACGGCCGUGGACGUGGUCACGACGCUCGGAGCCUUCGUGGUCAUCGUGGUGGGCGUGGCCAUGCUCCACCUCUUCAAAGAGCUGCAGGUGACGAUGAGGCAGCUGACCAAUCAGCUGUCUCAGCCAUUGGAGGGGGAGGGACUUGCAGAGGAGAUUUCAGCCGGUGGUGGAGGAGGAGGAGGAAAGGAAAGAGUGCGGAAAGAAAAGGAGGAUAAAUACGGACUGAUGGACAACAUGGUGAUUGAGAGUCUUCCUCCAAUGAGAGAGGACGGACCCAGAGUCUUCAUCAUCAGCUGAAAGAGACACGAGGACAAAGGAGACGCAGGUUUCCUGGAUGUUGAGGUUCAGUCCUCUCAGAGCUGUAGUCCUCACUCUGCCUGAUGAUGUGAGUCUUAUCUUAUUCUGAAAGGGCCAGACAUCUGGUUUCACUUCAGUUGAAGAGGACAGAAACAUUUUCACACAGAGACGUCAUGUCCCCGAGGACACGAAGGACUUUAAGGGACGCAAUCAAAACGUAUCAAAUUAUAUAUUUUUUCUUUUGCAGCAGCAAAUGAACGUUACUGACAAAAUUAACUUUUAUUUGAAUAAAAGAGUAAAGUAGAUUCUUAAUUAUCUCUGUUACAAUUUAUUUUAUCAUUGAUCAAGUGUUUAUGAGCUGAGUCUGUUUUUAUGUGUAUGUGAUGAUUAUGAUGUUCAGAAUAAACUGUUUUUGUAUCUGACUCA